UUAUCAGUCAUCUUAAUGGAAAAAUUGUAUGCAUUAUAGCAGCUUUAUACCUUUGAUAUACUGUACAAAAUAUACAUGUCCUCAAGAAAGUCACUUGUUUGCUACAAAAUUGUUACAGAAAAUCUGUGUAGAGGAAAAACAACAACACUCGCCCAAAGUUCUACAUAUGCUGACAACAUUGCAUCACGGGCAAAUGAUGGUAAUAGAAGGACCACAGAACAAUAUUGUGCUCAUACUGAUCCUUCAAUUACUGAUGCAAGGGCUUGGUUUCAAGUGGAUCUUGGAAAACCAUUCAGCAUAAAAAGUGUGACAAUCUAUUACAGAAGAGAAGGUGAACGUCCUAGUGAUUGGAAGCAAUAUAGAUUCAGACAGUUUUACCUGGAUGUCUCGGACUCUCCAGCUACUUCUACCACAACCAGUCAGCGAACCAGGUGUUACACCGACAACACUACUGCUCCUGCUCUUCCUCCAAAUAUAAUUGAGAUUCCUUGUAAACAGACGGCGAGAUACAUAAUUGUGGAAACAAAGUACAUAUAUCCCGGUGAUCCAGGUCCAGUCCUAGAAAUUUGUGAAAUAGAAGUUAACGGUUGCGCAAUUGGAAGAUUUGGUGAAAGAUGUUCAUUAUGUUCAUGUUCCUUGUGUGAUGUUGUGAAUGGCGUUUGCCAAAAUCAGUGCAACCCUGGAUGCCUUCAAGUACAGUGUAAUUCUGACGGUUACUGUACACAGGGCUGUGUUAAUGGUUAUUGGGGAGACACAUGUACUGAACAAUGCCCAUCUUCAUGCUCAGUAAAUUUUUGUUACAGAAAUGGAAAUUGCUAUAAGUGUAAAGCUAAUUACACAGGAAAUAAUUGUGAGACCAGAUUAUGCCCAAAUUGCUAUCAACAAGUGUGUGCACAGGACACUGGCAUAUGUAUCAGAGGCUGUAUAGGCGGUUAUUAUGGAAAUUAUUGUUCAAAGCCAUGUAGUGAUAGAUGUAAUCCACAAAUAUGCGAUUCGAGUACAGGUGAUUGUACUUACAACUGCACUAAUGGGUAUUAUGGACCAAAAUGUGAAACACCCUGUAGUACCAAUUGUUCCAAGACAUCGUGCAGAAAAGUUGAUGGGGCAUGUGUAAAUGGGUGUCAAAAUGGAUACUAUGGUUUACAAUGCAGACAUCUAUGUAGUUUACAGUGUAAAAAUACAGUUUGUGGUAUUAGCAAUGGUUAUUGUGUUGCUGGUUGUAUUGAAGGUUUUUAUGGUGAUUUUUGUAGUUUAUCUUGUAGUUCAAAUUGUGUUAAUCGCAGGUGUAAUCAAUCAAACGGAUUUUGUGUAGAAGGGUGUUUACCAAACCGGAGAGGAAAUACAUGUGCCAAUAAGUGCAAUGAAAGCAUUGAAACGUGUGAUUGUUUAAAUGGAAAGUUUGGCGAGAAAUGCCUCGAUGAUUGCAGCCCUGGAUGCACUAGCAGCUGUGAGAGAAUUAUGGGAAACUGCACUUGUAAAGAAGGAUGGCAAGGAUACAGAUGCAAUGAAUGCCGACAAGACUUCUACGGUUCAGACUGUUCUAAGAAGUGUAGCAGUAAUUGUCUUGAUGGACAUUGUCAUGCAGAAAACGGUUCCUGUCUCGGUGGAUGUAAAAGUGGCUUCUUCGGUGAACAAUGUACUCUUGGUUUCUCAACCAUAAAAGAAAUACAAGAAGGUGACGGGAUCUCAAAGACUUCAUCUAUAAUUAUCUCCGUUAUUUCAACGCUUUUUGGCUUAACCUUAAUAUGUACGGGUGUAAAAAUAGUACUCAACAAAAGAAAAAGGCGGAACAGACGAAGAGAAAACGAUCAAGCAAUCAGUAUGCCUGCAUGUUCUGCGAAUUCCGUUCAAGAACCACAAUGCUAUGAGCAAAUAAUAGAUUCCAACAAUGACCAUCCUUACACUGAAAUCAAUAGUUUUCCUAAAGACUCUGAUUAUCAGGAAAUUCACGUGUACAAAAAUACCCAGAUAUCAGACUGUAAAUAAUCUAAUUCAAUAUAUUUUAGAAGUU